GGUGCGCGAACGGCAAAGGAUCAUUUCUAGUCCGAGCCCGUAUUCCGUCGUCCGUUGCACGCUAGCGGUGGAGUCGUUCCCUAGUCCGUCCCCGGAUCCCCAAAAUGACUGCAGUGGCGGGCGUCCUCCUCCUCGUCGGCGUGGUGCUCGCCGUGGCGGAGGCCGCGCCCCAGGACCUGGUGCCGCAGGACCCGAUGGCGGCACCGCUGAGCCCCAUGGACGACGCCAAGGCGCGCGUCGAGAUCGUCAUGGUGACGGAGAGCCCCGCCGAGGCCAUCCAAGAGGCGAUCCGCUACAACCCGGACGUGGCAGCCGCCCUCCAGAGCAACACCACCAACCUGUACCUUUUAAAAAGUGUGACUUACACGAACGGAACCGCGGAGGACCUCGGCCUCCCCAAGGAGGAGCUGCUGCCCGAAGGGGCUCCCGACAGGGUCCGAGUUGCAGACAAGAUACUAUAUUCCUCCGGUAACAAUAACACUAGUCCAGCAUCACCCGAAGUUGCAGAGGGUCAAGCUCAACAACCAGUGGAGGGAAUUCAUGCUACUGUACAACUUGUACCAGUGCCAAUAAAUUAAUACAUAAAAAACACUA